GUCUACUCACGCAUUUAUCCCUACUCGCCAUCUGGUCGGUGAUGUCGGGCUCAGCUGGAUUACCGUUCCCGCAAGAGGUCAACGGGGUAAAUCAGCAACGCGUGCCUCUUUUCAGAGCACUGAUAGCUAAUAUACAGACGCGUACAUUCUCGGACGACUUCAUUACUAACCCUCCGCGUAUCCCAGCGCUAACGGAACCACCUCUCGCAAAGCCCCGGGGUUGGCGGGUUUUUCUAGUUCUUGACCCGCUUGAGUUGGUCAGGGUGCAGAACGUCAUCCGUCAGCAGCAUGGGCUCAUAUUACAGGAGUUCUUGGAGGAGGCCUUGGGACGAAACCAAGGCAUCUCAAGCGAGAAGGAGGAAGUGAAGCCUGAGGAGCGAACAGUGCCAGGAGGUCUUGGUUAUCAUACCGCCGUUAAGCGGGAAUGUGAUACCAUAGCAACCCCUUCGAUACCCUUCAAGCGACCAUUGCACUUCCAUGCUCCCCUCACAAGCCAAGAUUUUUUCACCAAUCUCUCUGGCGUGGCCGAUUGCAAGACCGACAUCACUUCCAAAAUACCAAGCUGCGUCAAAACCGCUAAUCCGGAACCCUUCUCUCAUAUCCCACAAUCAUGGUGCUGUUCAGUCAAAUGGUGCCUACACCCGGUAAGAGAUACCGAGGAUCUCCUCGCACACAUUGCCGCAGAACACCCCAAGCUUCCCUACAUAAAACGACAACCAGUCACAGUCCCGUCACAGGAUUCAGCUCUGCCGUCUACGGAUGCUCUCACCCACGCUCAAAUCUCUCAACCGCGGCGCUCUGCAGUCACCGCGUGUGGACGCCAAGUAAGAGAUGCAAAUGAUUUCUUCGCAUACAUCGUCGCAGUACAUCCCAGCCUACAAUGGUAUUUGCAACACCUCGAUACCGCCUCAGUCUUAUUCCAAUCAUCAGCAAUACGACCAGCCCCUGCUCCCCACCAAAAUCCAGCUCCGGCAGUGCAGUCCCGCCUUUCUCACGGUAAUCCGUCCAGGUGCAGACAAGCACCUGUCUCCACGUCGACACUACUCUGGUUAUGCCCCGUCGCCGGUUGCGCAUCUCCACCUGGCACGGUGGAAGACAUUUGUCUCCAUGCCGCUAUGAAUCACGAGUCGAUCCCACAAACGCAACGUGUUCCGGUUCCUCUCGAUCCGCACACGUCGGUGCCUAUGCUUCCAGUGGCCAAACAUACGAGGAAGAAGAGGAAGGUCGAUACUGACGUGCCUGUGACUGUGUUCACCUCCGCAAUGCCUGCUUGUCUGGCGUCUACGCAGGCCUCGCUCUCGUUCUCGGUCAUUGCUGUAUCACCUCCAUCUCCAUCCCUUACAGCAACUCCUCAAUCGCAACCGUGGUCGUCGUCUCCAUGCGCAGUCCCGGCGUUUACUCCCGCUACUAGCUAUCAAGGGACGCCGCCUAAACCUACCGAGCAGCAGCUCCCGGAGACGGAUAUGGUGGACAUGGAUGGGAUAUAUUGCUGAAUGAGCUCGAGGACGUCGCGCCUGAGUACACCGAUGAGCCUGGUUUCGACUUCGAUGCACUGUUUGCUGAGAUUGACAAUGCGACGAAUUUCAGCCCGCUGCAACACAUUUAAGGAUAAUGGAAAGGGUUUGCGAUCGAGAUUCGGAGAUGGCUUUAUGACAUUUCUUUUUUUUGCCGCGUCCUGAUUGGACAAGUUGUGUACCGAGUUUUAUGGACCGUUCAAUGAUGAUGAUGAUGAUGAUGA